AUGAAUUAUCGAUCCUCAAAUUGUAAAACUGGAUUUCAAAAUGGAUAUUUCUACACCGUAUCAAUAAAGUUAGAUUGGAUCGUAUUUGGAACAUCAACUGUGUUGAAUUUACCCAACGAGCCAGUUUUUGAAAGUGGAGAAUUACCAUUCACAGUGAAAAAUGAGCAUUGUUCAGCGAUUAUUCAUACUGAUGAUAAUCACAAUUUCUUUCUAUAUCUUUUACUCGUAAGUAAUGAAAUUCUCUUCGUGGGUAACCGGCAAGAAGUCAACAUCAAUUGGAUGUUAACUUGUCCCGAUCCAACUCCAAUCGCAUUUUUCCGAUAUAUAUUUCCAGCACGUCGAAUUAAAGCAAUUGAUAAUUAUCGGAUAGCACCUGAUCUGGCCUUGAAUACUACUUUCAAUCAGAAGGUGCGUGAUAAACUAAAAAUAAUGAAAGAAAUAGUGGAUGUUACGGAUACUGAAGACGCCUGA